UUCCAUUGUAUAUAUGUGCCACAUCUUCUUUAUCCAUUCAUCUGUUGAUGGACACUUAGGUUGCUUCCAUGUCCUGAGGCCAGGGAAGUUUGCCAGUAGCCCCAUUCACUGUUGUAGCCCCAGAGUCUAGAAGAGGACUGGGCAUGUAAUGGGUGCUCAAUAAAAAUGACUGGGACGAAGGAGCUCGGACCUGUGUAGUUCGCAGUGCCAGGCACUGCCCAAGCUAACAUAUGUGCAUUAACUUAUUUAAUCUUCCCCAUCAAGCUGUGGAGUAGGUUGUCACCAGCCCUAUUUCACAAGUGAGGAACAGGUCUUAGAUUAAGCAGUUGUCCCAGGGCUGCGCAGCUGGUAGUGGAGGAGCUGGGACUCAGGUGGGGCCCAGAUACAGCUCAGAGGAAGUAGAUUUAUGAGACCCAUUUUGCAGAGGAGAAAAUGGGCCAAGGAAGGAAAGGAGUUGCCUGAGGUUGGUCUGUAAGCGGCUGCCUCUGGAUUCAAACCCAGGUCCUGCCUCCCAGUGGGGCCCUAAGCUCAUAGACCCUGUUUACCUGGGUAGAGAAUCCCCCACCCUCCGCGCUGGAGCUCAGGGCCCGGAGGCUGGAGGGGAGGGUGCAGGGACUGGGCCCCCAUGAAUAAUUGAGGGUCUCAGACGGGUCUCCGCCCCGCAGCUGUUGCCCUCCCUCUGGCGGGGAGGGGGGGUGGUGACGUCACUUCCUCCCGUGGGGGCCACUGGGGGCGCGGGUUAUAAGGAGCUGCCUCCCCGGCCGCACGGUGCCGAGGACCCUGGUCCGGACGCCCCACCAUGCAGCGCCGCGAGCCCACCGUGCCGCUCUUGUUGCUGCUGCCUCCUCUGCUGGCGCUGCUGCUGGGGGCGGCCACCGCGGCUCCCCUGGCACCGAGACCCUCCAAGGAGGAGCUGACCCGCUGUCUGGCAGAGGUGGUCACAGAAGUGCUGAUGCUGGGCCAGGCCAAGCAAGGCCCCUGCAUGGCUCUCCUCCACAAAGAAACGUGUGAGACAGAGUCCUGUGGCUGUGGGUCCACUGAAGAGAAAGGCCUCCUGGUUGGGGAUUUUAAAAAGCCAGAGGCUGGGAAGACAAGGUCCAGCCAGGAGGUGAGGGACGAGGAAGAGGAGGCAGCAGAAAGGACCCACGAGUCCCAAGUGCGGGAACAGGCCAUGCGCGAGCAGCUCCACAGCCGGCUCCGCCAGGAGGACCACAGAGAGGAGGAGGAGGAAAAGAAGAGGGGGCCCGUGGAGACCUCUGAGGGCCUGUGGAAGCGGCGUCUAGAAGGUGGCAGGGCCCCCCAGAAGCGGGUGGCAGAGCAGGCCAGCGAUGAGGAGACAGCGCAGUUCGAGGCAGAGGAGAAGGGGGUGCAGGUGCUGGGCAGGGGCCACAGCCUGUGGCAGGGGGCCGAGGCGGGUGGAGAGGGGCACGAGGACGGCCGCCACCUCCACCAGCCAGAAGCUGAGCCCAAGCAGGAGAAGAGAGAGGCUUCGGACAGGGAGGAGCAUGAUGUGGAGAGGCUGGCGCACAGGAGAGAGGAGCUGAAGAAGGCGACGGAGAUGCUGCGAGAGGAGCUCAGGAGGGCGGGCUGACCCCUGGCCUCGUGUCCUCCUUCCCCACACACCCUGCGGCCUAGGACUGUUGACCCCCAAACCCUUCCAGUCCGUCACCCCACUCUGCUCCCCAACCUGCAGGAGUAGGGAGAAGGGUGUGCCUUGAAACCAGGCCUGAGGGGCCAAGUCUGAGCUGGGUAGAGGGGCUGGGCUCAGACUGACUCAGGAAACAGCCCUGACACCCGUCUAACCCACUCCAACCCUCCCGAGUGAAUAAAGCACAAAGAAAACCA